CAUUAAGAAAAAAAAAUAACAAAUUCAAUCACUAAAAUACGUUUUUCUUCUCUUAUUGAUAAACUCUCUCUCUUUCUCUUUCUAAGAUUUGUCGCUUAACCUUUUUGGAAUUCUCCGGCGAUGAAUCUCGCCGGGAAAAUGAAUAUUCCGGUUAUUAUAUCUGUUUCUGUUACUAGUAACGCCGUCGACUUUUACCAUCGCCGUCAUGUCUUCCGUGAAAAAUAAAAACUCUGAUCCUUCUCUUAGACUUUUUUUUGUUUUGUUUUGUUUUGUUUUGUUAUUAUUAUUAUUUGCUUCGUUUUUGUGAAGAUGAUCCGCUGAUUUCAGAAGUUUCCCUUCUGGUUUUUAGCUGAGAGGUUUUGGUAGAUUCUCUUUCUUUCUUCCAAUUUUGGAAAUUUUUGGAGAUUUUUAGUUUCUGUUGAAGAGAUCUGAGAUAUUUGAACCGAAGCAGAAGUGUAUAUGAAAAAAAAAUCAAAUCUGUGAAAGUUCUUUUGAAUUUGAAUUGACUUGGUGGUUUGGGACUUUGUGAAGAAGAAGAGAAAGUUAUAUAGAUCUUCUUCUUUUGUUUGAGCUAUGCCAUUUACGAUGAAGAUCCAACCGAUUGAUAUCGACUCUUCUUCUCCAGCCGUCGUAGUAGCUCGAGCUGAAUCAGGUAGCAACAACAACAAACCGGUUCUCAAAUCUCGUCUCAAGCGUUUGUUCGAUCGUCCCUUUACAAACGUAUUGAGAAACAACGCAACAACAACCACCGAGAAACCAUUCGUAGUUACCGGUGGUGAAGUUCAGAUAUACGGCGGAGGAGCUGUGACGGAGUUCGAGCCUAGUUCCGUUUGCUUAGCGAAGAUGGUUCAGAACUUUAUUGAAGAAAACAAUGAGAAGCAAGCUAAAUGUGGACGUAAUCGCUGCAAUUGCUUUAACGGCAACAACGAUAGCUCUUCCGAUGAUGAAUCAGAUCUAUUCGGUGGUUCAAUCGACGGCUGCGACGCUUCUGAUCAUCUCAAGAGUUUGGUCCCGUGCACAACCGUCGCCGAGAGGAAUCUGUUAGCCGACGCGGCGAAGAUUGUGGAUAAGAACAAAUCGGUGAAAAGAAAAGACGAUAUGAAGAAGAUCGUCAACGAAGGACUCUUAUCUCUAAACUACGAUUCUUCAAUCUGCAAAUCAAAAUGGGAUAAAUCUCCUUCGUUCCCAGCUGGUGAAUAUGAGUACAUAGAUGUGAUAAUCGGAGAAGAAAGGUUAAUAAUCGAUGUAGAUUUCCGAUCAGAGUUCGACAUAGCGAGACAGACGAGUGGCUACAAGGCUUUGCUCCAAUCUCUACCGUUCAUCUUCGUCGGAAAAUCUGAUCGGUUGAGUCAGAUCGUGUUUUUGAUAUCGGAAGCGGCGAAACAGAGCUUGAAGAAGAAAGGGAUGCAUUUUCCUCCGUGGAGGAAAGCUGAGUACAUGCGAUCUAAAUGGCUUUCUUCUUACACGCGAGCUUCAGCUGUUAACGCCGAUAAGCAGCCGGAGACGGAGGUUGCGGCGGCGGUUACGGCGGAGUUGGUGGAUUGUGUAGAGAGUGAGCUGGUUUUUGAGGAGAAAUGUUUAUCUCCGAGAGUGAAUAUUAAUUCUUCUUCUUCCUCCUCUCCAAACAACGCCGGAGAUGAUGACGUGGCGGUGGAGAGAGAAGUGAAGGCCGUCACCGGAUUAGCUUCACUCUUUAAGGAAAAGCCCUGAAUAAUAAUAAAAAAUUUUGGAAGUUUUUUUCUU